AUGCUGCUCUUCUGCCCGGCCUGCGGCAAUGUGCUGGUGGCCGAGGAGGGGCCGCGCUGCCACCGCUUCGCCUGCACCACCUGCCCCUACGUGCGCAACGUGACGCGGAAGGUGACGAGCAGGAAGUACCCGCGGCUGAAGGAGGUGGACGAUGUGCUGGGCGGCGCCGCGGCCUGGGAGAACGUGGACUCCACGGCAGAGCCCUGUCCCAAGUGCGAGCACCCCAGAGCCUACUUCAUGCAGAUCCAGACGCGCUCGGCCGACGAGCCCAUGACCACCUUCUACAAGUGCUGCAACGCGCAGUGCGGGCACCGCUGGCGGGACUGAGCGCCUCGGACACCGCAGCCUGAGGGACCGCCCGGGGCCUGGCUGAGAGCCAGUGCCUCGGC